AUGUCACUGUAUCAUGAGGCGGCAGAGAUCCUGACGUCAUCAUCGGACACCGGGGGGAGCUUGAAAUCGCGGGUGUUUGGCAAGAAGAAGGGCAAGGCGCCGCCGGGACAGCUGUAUGCUUUGGUGCUGGAGACGGCGAAAUGGAGUUCUGUGCUGAAGGAGGUGAUUGAGAAGGCGGACAUUUUACGACUGGAACGAAAGCUCACGCCUACGCUAGCUUUGCUACUGGUACAUGAUCUAUUACUUGCCAAAGGAGGAAUCGCGCUGCCUCAGAGCCAUGGACUGAGAGCAUCGGUUGAGCGCCACAAAGGCCGCCUCAGCUCAGAAUUCACCCUGGCGCGGCUGCGGAGAAAGGCGCCGACGAUAGAAGCCCUGAGAGAACAGGUCGAGAGGGCGUCUGCGGGAGAAGAGGCCAACUACCCGCGAUGGGUGCGCGUCAACGCCCUCAAGAGCAGCGUCGAAGAACAGCUGGAGACGACCUUUUCGAAGCACGUCCGCGCCGAAAGCAUCCAGGACAUUGUAACCAAGGCGGGCAGGCAUAUUUACAUCGACCCCCAUGUGCCGAACCUGCUAGCCGUAUCCCCUGGGAUGGAUUUUGCCAAGGUGGAAGCGUACACGUCUGGGAAGAUCAUCCUGCAGGACAAGGCGUCGUGUUUCCCGGCGUACUUGCUGGACCCGCGGUCGGAGGAUGGGGACGUCAUUGAUGCUUGUUCUGCGCCGGGGAACAAGACGACGCAUCUUGCGGCCAUUCUGUACCAGCAUCGUCCGGAAUUCGAAGAUGCGCCUCAGACGAUAUACGCCUUCGAGAAGGACGCAAGAAGGGCGAAGACGCUGGAAAAGAUGGUCAAUAUCGCCGGCUCCAAGCCCGUCACGCGCAUUGGCUUUGGGCAGGACUUUUUGCAGGUCGAUCCCUUGGCCGAAAAGUACAAGGACGUGGGAGCUCUGCUGCUGGAUCCGAGUUGUUCAGGAAGCGGCAUCGUUGGCCGCGAUUCGAUGCCAGAGCUGCACCUCCCCGAUCCGCCGGCGGCGGCGGGCAAGGGGAAGCCAAGCACAUCAUCAUCCAACAAGAACGCGAACAAGAAGAAGAGGCGGCACGGCGAGGUGGAGGAGCCCGCGCAAAACGUGCUGGUGGACGACGACGGGAACGAGACGGUGGUCAAGUCGGAAAAGGAUCUGGAAGCGCGACUCGAGGCCCUCUCGGCGUUCCAGCUAACGCUCCUGCUGCAUGCGUUCCGGUUCCCCCGCGCAAGGAAGAUUACAUACUCGACGUGCUCGGUCCACUCGCAGGAGAACGAACGCGUAGUCAUCCGCGCGCUAGCGUCCGACAUUGCAAAGGCAAAAGGGUGGCGCAUCCUGCGACGGGAGGACCAGGUGAGCGGACUCAGGGACUGGCCCGUCCGGGGCCUGGUCGAGGCGGCAGAGGGCGACGCGACCGUCGCGGAGGGGUGCAUACGAUCGUACAAGGGGGACGGCAGAGGCGUCAUGGGCUUCUUCGUCGCUGGCUUCGUACGGGAUUCGGUCGACUCAGGGGCUGCUGCUGCUACGAGGGCGUCUCUUGAUGGCAGCGGGGAUAGUGGCGGGGGGCCAUAUCUCCGUGACGACGACGGUCGGAUUGUGCGGGAUGUUGUCGGGAUGCCGGUGCUCAAGUCCACGGGGAGGGCGGUGUCGCUCCGUGGAGUGGAUGAACGAGAAGAAGAGGAAGAAGAAGAAGACGAGGAUGAUAGUGACGAGGAUGAUGAUAGCGACGAUGGAGGCGAAGACGAGUGGGAUGGCAUUAGCGAUGCGUAA